AUGCCUCAAAAGCUUCGCCUAGCAGUCUCCCAGUCCCGGACCUUGUCCACACUCUCAGAAACCCUCGCCGACCUCGAAUCCACCACGAAACGAGCAGCCAGCCAGAACGUUGAUCUCGUCCUCUUCCCAGAAGCAUAUCUCGGUGGCUACCCACGAGGCUGUAGCUUUGGAGCUUCUGUGGGCUCACGCUCUGACGAAGGUCGCGAGCAAUUCUUCCAAUACUUCAAGAGUUGUGUAGACCUGGGUGACACACCACAAGGAGCAGGCGAUGCUUGGGUAGAGCGGAAACUGCCUGUGCCUAAGGGCGAAGAGUAUAGAGGUGAUGGAACGAGGGAGUUCCUGGAGAGAGUUGCGAGGGAGACGGGCGUGUUCAUCGUGACGGGAUUGGUCGAGAAGAGUGGUGGGACGUUGUAUUGUGGCGUGCUAUAUGUUUGCCCGCGGAUGGGUGUGCUGGGAAAGAGGAGGAAGGUCAUGCCGACUGGUAGUGAAAGGCUGGUCUGGGGACAAGGCUCACCUUCCACGUUGAAGGCGGUGACGACGACGAUUAAGGGUGUGAAGAUUACGAUGGCAGCGGCGAUAUGCUGGGAGAACAUGAUGCCGUUGCUGAGAUAUGCCAUCUACAGCCAGAACGUCAACUUGUGGCUCGCACCAACAGCCGAUGCUCGAGACACAUGGCUACCCCUCAUGAGCACCGUUGGAAACGAAGGCAGAUGCUUUGUGCUCAGUGCGAUAUCGUGCGUCAAGCGAAAGAACCUGCCGGGGUGGGUCACUGGAGCUCCCGCCACGACCACUACUGCGCCCGCAGCUAAUGGCAUGCCUGAAAGCUCAUUGUCCCCACAACGUGGGAGGCGAAGAUCGACGUUCAAGGAAGAGAGGCAUGAACUUGUGCUUCCUGCCAUUGGUGAAGGAUCCGACGUCUCUUCCGCUGUAGCCACAACCUCGACAGCAGGAGUCAAUGGCCAGUCUGAGCUUAGCGGAGACGAUUACGCCUGCCGAGGCGGCUCUUGCGUCUGUGGGCCCAGAGGUGAGAUGCUGGCCGGUCCGUUAUGGGAGGUUGAAGACGGUGGUCUGCUUAUACAAGAUUGCGAUUUCGAAGACUGUGAACGUGGCAGGCUUGAUCUUGAUGUUGCAGGGAGCUAUUCGAGGAAUGAUGCGUUCCAUCUGACUGUUGAUGGGCUGGAUCUGGAUGUAGCUACGAGGUAG